CCUGGAGAACUACAUUGCAUGGAAACAAAUUGUGAUUACAAAUAAAUGUCCAACUGUACUCCUUGUUGACUCCAACUUUUUCAGUUAUCCAUUCACCCACUAGAGAAGCCCCAACGCAGCACUGGGUGAGAUCUGAAGAUGGACGAGUUUUAGACUAUACUCUACUACACUCUUAACAAAACAUAACCUAACAAUAUACAUAUUAUCGUGUUCUCUAUACAUUCAAUAUAUGGAAUUGUGUUUGUUUUUAUUUUUUAAUUCUAAACAAUUUCCAUUCCUAAUCACCUUUAUUAACUGCCGAACAUUGAUCACAAAUGGUUGCUCCAGUGUCUCGUCGUCAGCAUAAGAACCACUAUAAUAAGAUCGCGUAGUCAAUCUGAUAAUCCUUAUUUGUAAUAGUUACACUUAUAAUUUUCCGAAGACUUCGCGGUUGUUUUACUACACAUUAAAACAAAAAGAAUUUGAUUUGAUAUUAUACAAUACGAAACAAAAUUUCAAAUAACGAGGAAUUGUCGCCUGCGUCAUGGUUUGUUUCAAUAAUGUCCAUAUACAAUACGUCUUCACGAAACCGUUAUUUUGAAUUUCGAAAAAAAUCUAUUGAUAUUAUUUAACAAUUUUUUUUUUUUAGCAAAAAAGAAAGAUGAUAGAUGGAUGAAGCAAAUAUUGCGAGGAUUUUCAUAGUCAAAACUUUACUCAACGUGUAAAUCUUUAUAAUAUACAUGCUUUAGAGAAUCGGUGAACUUUUAUAGCAUUUGGCUUAGAACGUCAUGGAGGAUUCCAGCAUAGAAAUAGCAAGGAGAAAUGCUCGUUUGAAAACGUGUACCAUUAAAAAUCACAAAUCAGUUCGUAAGCUAAGUGAUCGUCACAUUAAUAUCUACAAUAAGAAUCAUUUAUUUUGGAAUUUCAGUAAAUUAUCAGUCGACUCCUUGCAGACGAGUGACCGGAGCCAUCUUAAACAAAGUCAUCCUCAGCAGGAAGGUGUGGUUGACAAUAAUAGUUUAUCUGAUUUUUCGGAAGAAAAUGUCAGUUGUGCUUCCAAUUUCUGUAUUAACAGCACUCCAGUGGAAAAUGGAAAAAAUAUUUGUAUAGAAAAUAUAUCUCUGUCUCCCAUAGGUUUGAAAGAAGUGUCAAUCAAUCAACAGAAUAUACGAUUUGCUUCUCCCGGUCUUUGCAAACGUAACCAAGUUUCAUGUAAUGUAUCAAAGAAACAGAAUAAAAAAGAGAAGCAUUUAUCUAGUAAAAAAGAAAUAUCUGAAAAAGAAAACAACCCUUUAUUGACAGCAAAACAAUAUAACAGUCGUACAUGUCGAAUACGUAAAAUCGAUGGUGAUGAUGGAGGAACUGCCAUUGGGAAUUGUUUUAAUAUUCGCCGCUCUGAAGAAUCUUCUUCUAAAGCAACACAACAGAAAAAUGCUGGGAAUGUGUCAUUUGCUUCAAAAUAUAAACUGAAGUCGUCUUUAAAAAAUUGUAACGCGAAAGCUCUGACUACAAGCAAAUCCGUUAGAUUCAAUGACAAAGUAAUUACAUUAAUGGAUUCAUUAAACGACGAAUUGAUAAUAUCUGAAGAAUCCCUUGAUAGUUUUGGCAAUGGCAAUAGCAUAGGCCGAAACAGGAAUUCGAGUGGAACCUCAACGAAACUCAACAGGGAAAACCACGAUGUUACUAACCCGAAGAACAAAGGUACUAUUGUUUCUGCUGACAUGAAGGGGAUUAUAUCACCAAAUGAAGGGCAGAUUGCAUGGUGUAUGUGAUUGAGCUGCAAUGUUGCAUGAUAGUGAGACAUGAGUACUAAAUGCAGAUGUGCAGAGGUUGGAAAGAAUCGAGGCAAAAAUGAUCUUCUGGGUACGUAAUGUUACAGUUACCAUCAUGCAAGAAAUGUCCAUCAUUUCCAAUCUUCUGUAUAAACAUAUCUGGUGAUGGAGAAAUGUUACCUUAUUUGGAAGCUGAUGAUGGUUGGCAACAGGAAUGAUAUCCUGUCAAAAAAAUUGACCUCAACAUAUUCUGUCCAACCCAUGUGAACAUGAAAAUAUUGAUGUUAAAAUGAUGAAAUGGAAAAAAAAAAUGUGAAGAUGGUGCUGGUGGCAGUGGUGUUAUUAUUUUUUAAUAAUAUCUUUCUGAAUCUUUGCAGUUUAACUGAAGUAUUUGAGGCAUUCUUUAGUUGAACUUGUUUAGAUGGUAACUUUAUCUGAGAUUGUGAGCAGAAACUAAAACAGCUUUAUCAUGGUAGAGCAGUGUUUUUUAAUCUGGAAACAUUGUAAGCUCACAAGGGAGUGCUGGGUAUUUUGAAGUUCAUGAUUUUUCAUAGAAAUAAAUUGUUUAAACUAGGUAUAAUGCUUAUAUCAUGCAAUAUUUUCAAACAAAUUUUUGUUGGA